AUGAUGCAAAAGAUUAUGGAUUAUCGGAAAACACUGAAAUUCCCACCAUCCUCUGAGAUAACAGACUCAGCAAUUGAUUUGAUUGAAUCAUUGAUUGUUACCCCAUCGAAACGGUUAACUUAUGCAGAUGUUGUUAUGCAUCCAUUUUUCAAAGAUGUUGACUUCGCAGCAUUAAGAGAAGUUACGCCUCCAUACUUACCCCCUGUUGGUGAACUUGAUGAUUUUUCAAAUUUCUCUAGUGGUGGUUCACGUACCCGUGAUAAACCAACGUCAACCACCACCAGAGAAAUUUGA